AUGGCUUUAAUUUUCUGUUUUAUUUCUUUCUAUUACUUUUAUUUUUCUCUCUCAAUUGUUAAUCAUUUUCUCCCUUUCUUUCUUUCUUUCUUUCUUCAUCCUUUCAAUUGUUAUAAUUUUCUUUCUUUCUUUCUUUCUUUCUUUCUUCAUCCUUUCAAUUGUUAUAAUUUUCUUUCUUUCUUUCUUCAUCCUUUCAAUUGUUUAAUUUUCUUUCUUUCUUUUUUCUUUCUUUUUGUCACCAUUUUCUUUUCUUCUUUUUUUUACUCUUUUUCCUUCCAGUUGCUUUCAUUUUCUGUUUUCUUUCCGUUUUUCUUUCAUUCUUCUUUCAAUUCUUAUACUUCUCUUUCUCUCUCUUUUUUCUAUUCAAUUGCUAUAAUUUCCUUUCCUUCUUUCUUUUUUCUUUCUUUCUGUUUCAUUCAGGAUUUCUUUCUUGCUGAUGGCCUUGCAGAAGUUGAUUAA